GUUCUUUUGCAUCAUUCAUGGCCACUAAAUUAUAACUGAAUCUGGGAAUAUGCCGUGACCCGACCUUGGGAAUAUGACCUCAAGUGCUGCAGUGAGGCACUAGUAUGUCAAAGAAAAAUUGGGAAAAAUGCCAGUAGAAGCUAGUCAGGAUCAGUUUUGUUAUUUCUCUUUAGUGGAUAAGGACAUUAGGGAAGGAAGAAGGCCACCCUGACAGUGUAAUUACAGCCGGCUCUAUUUCCUAGCUUUUCUGAUGGAAAGGGGGGUGACCAAAGAGAAGCAUAAAAAGGUUGGGUUGAGUCCUUACUGGUUCCAAAGGGAAAGGCGCUCAGAGGAACGAAAUUAUGUUGUUGCUAUGUUUACAUUCGCAGUUUCAUCUCAGCUUGCACACAUCUGUCAGUUCACAGAAUUUAUCUUCUUGUAAAAUUUACAGAAAUAAUUUUCAAAUUGAUGAUAUUUGAGUAAAAGUUUGUCAUUAAAUAAUGCAUCAAGUUUACUUGUAAAUAUCAUAAAGUAGCAUAUCCCUAACUUAGUAUGACUUAAAGUGGAAUUCUCUGUUGACGCAGGAUUUUGAGAGGGUUGUGUGGCUGGGGAUUUGCAGUUGAGAUUACCCCAGCUUCCUCCCCCCUCCCACCUCAAAAUUUGUUCUAUUUCUUUCCAUCCAGUUGACCCAAAAUAUAGCCAUCAUAGCACAUCUUCCCAAACACCAUUUCCUUCCAGGGAACUUCUGAUUAGUGAUUAUUGGAUUAGCUAGCUUUUGGCUGUUUUAACACCCACUAUCCAUGGUAGUGCAAUUACAAAUGUCAUGCCUGCUAUUGUACAUUUUUAAUGGGAGGUAUUCCUGUAGCUCCGCUUCAAAGGGGUAAGGGCAUUCCUGAAUUUCCUCAAAUGUUGACGACUGAAUUUCAAGGUGUUCAUCAUCCUCCUGAACAAGGAAUUCCCACCAUGAUUACAUGGAACUAUGGUGGGAACAAUUUGGCUGUGGAGGGUUCUUGGGACAAUUGGAAAUCUAGGAAAUCACUACAGAGAUCUGGUAAGGAUCAUUCAGUUCUUUUGGUCUUGCCAUCAGGCAUAUACCGGUACAAGUUCAUCGUUGAUGGUGAACCGAGAUAUAUCCCAGAUCUUCCAUUCAUAGCUGAUGAAAUGGGCCAUGUUUGUAAUCUUCUUGAUGUUCAUGACUAUGUGCCAGAAAAUUUGGACAGUGUGGCUGAGUUUGAGGCUCCGGCUUCCCCAGAAUCCAGCUAUGAUCAAGCAUUUCCAGCUGAGGAAGAUCUUACGAAGGAACCAGUGGUUAUCCCACCACAGCUGCAACUGACUGUCCUUGGCAUGGAGGAUUCAAAUGACGAUUCUCCAAAGCCUCGACAUGUUGUACUUAACCACCUUUUUAUAGAAAAAGGAUGGGCCUCACAAUCUAUGGUUUCCCUGGGACUGACUCACAGGUUUGAGUCUAAAUAUGUGACUGUUGUCCUAUAUAAAUCACUUAAAAGGUAAAUCUACCACGCCAUUAACUUGCCUCUGUAAAGAACUUGCUUCCUUUAAUCUCACACUUGUUUUGUUAAGUGUUCUGAUGUUUUAUUAUGUCAUGAUGCUUAUGACGUUGUUUGUUCGAGUUUUUCUGGUUAAUGGAAAUGUUCACUUCCCUACGGUUA